ACCAUUGGAUAGGGAUAAUCCUUUUAGAGAGCACCAUCCCAUGAAUCACUGGGUGAGCUCCUCAGUGUGAGACAAGACCCACCAGUGGAUCCAGAUUCACUGGGUGUCCUGGGUGUCCUCCACCUCUUGUGGGACACAUAGCGAGCGGCCUCGUGCUCAGUGGCACAUCCCUGAUAACUGUGUUCAGUGCGGGGGGUGGAGGGGCCAACAGGGAUACGGACCGAUCCUGAAUCAGGAUGGAGCGAUUGAAGAAGUGCAUGAAGAGCAUGGUGUCAGCCAAGGUCAGGGCGUAUGUGGCGGACUACUGCAAGAGGAACGGCCUCCUGACGCUGUCGGUCUUUGCUGUGGUGACGGGCUGUGUGCUAGGAUUUGUCCUGAGGUCACUCAACCUGUCCACACAGGCCAAGAUCUACUUCUCCUUUCCUGGUGAGCUGCUGAUGCGGAUGCUAAAAAUGUUGAUUCUGCCGCUCAUCACGUCCAGUCUUAUGUCCGGCUUGUCAGCCAUGGACACAAAGGCGAGCGGCCGUUUGGGUGUGCUGACCAUCACCUACUACCUGUGGACGACCUUCAUCGCGGUCAUCGUUGGCAUCGUGCUGGUGCUCAUUGUCCACCCAGGGACGGGCUCAGAGAAAGAGGGGCACCUCGCAAGUUCGGGGCCUGUCAUGACUUCUGCUGAUGCUCUGCUCGACCUCAUCAGAAACAUGAUCCCAUCAAAUCUAAUUGAAGCGACCUUUCAGCAGUACCGGACAGACUUGGUUCCCAACGUGCAAAACUCUGAUUUCAAAGAGUCUCAGGUCAACUAUGUGUACGUCAUGCCGGACUACCACAACCCUCGCCUGGGCCACCCCGUCUUCCUGGAGAUCACGCCCGCGCCAGACGUCAAGUACAAGAUCGUCCCCAGCACGAGCAAAGGCAUGAAUGUGCUGGGGAUUGUCAUCUUCUCGGCCACCAUGGGUCUGCUGUUGGGGAAGAUGGGAGAACGUGGCGCGCCGCUGGUCAACGUGUGCCAGUGCAUCAACGAGUGCGUCAUGAAGAUCAUCAACGCAGCCAUGUGGUACUUCCCCUUUGGCAUUGUGUUCCUUGUGGCUGGUAAAGUUCUGGACAUGCACGACCCAGCUCACCUGGGAGAGAAGCUGGGCAUGUACUUCAUCACGGUGCUGUCCGGUCUGUUUGUGCACGGCCUCAUCCUGCUGCCUCUCUUCUUCUACUUCUUCACUCGCAAAAACCCCUUCCCCUACAUCAGAGGGCUGCUGCAGGCUCUUGUCAUCGCAUUGGCCACAUCAUCCAGCUCGGCCACUUUGCCGAUCACCAUGAAGUGUCUCCUGGAGAACUGCGGCGUGGACCGACAGAUCGCUCGCUUCGUGCUGCCAGUGGGAGCGACCAUCAACAUGGACGGGACGGCGCUGUACGAGGCCGUGGCGGCCAUCUUCAUUGCACAGGUCAAUGAGUACGACUUGGACUUUGGCCAGCUGGUCACCAUCAGCAUCACAGCGACAGCAGCUAGCAUCGGGGCCGCCGGGAUACCUCAAGCGGGUUUGGUUACCAUGGUGAUUGUUCUGACCUCUGUGGGGUUACCGCCUGCCGACAUUUCACUGAUUGUGGCCAUCGACUGGGUUCUCGACCGCUUCCGGACCAUGAUCAAUGUUCUCGGCGACGCUUUAGCCGCUGGGAUUAUGGCUCAUCUUUGCAGGGAAGAUUUUGAGAAAGCAGCCGCUGCCGCCGCAGCUGCAGCCACCACCACCACAGCCACCAAUAAUGGAGGAGGACCCAAGCGGAGAGACACAGUGAUCUCCUUUGGCAAUCAGAGCGUGGCGCUGUCCGACACACCUCUGAUCACACAGCGGUGCGACUACGUGUACGAGGUAGACGGAGACAACGUGCUGGAGAAGCCCCUGGCCUGCUACAACCUCUGCCAUGUCUGAGACACUGCCUUCAACUGUGACCGGCGUCCAAGGUCCAGUCCAGGUGACCAAAGGGAGAAAAGAAUUGCUGAGGAGCAAAAGCGGCUUUGAUGGAUUCUGUCUGUGCAUUACUGCUCUUUGGAGUGGGUGGCAGGAAGUGUCAGGACAUGUCACGCAGACACUGGUUAUUGUACGGAUGCACGCCUCUGCAGACACUGUAACGCGCCGCAGUACCACGCAUUAGGGUUAGUGUGUAUUGGUUGCAGGUUUUGAGUUGCCUUAACCUGAUCUCAGUUGUCAAAAAAAGUGCUGAGAACCUGAGAGACUUGAAAGUAAGCAGAACGCGAUAAUAGAAAACACAGCAUGCUCAUUCACAAUUAGAUCUUUAUGGAUAUACAGUAUAUAUAUAUAUUAAAGCAGCAUUCACAAACAUAUUUACAGUACUACAAAGAGGUUACAUUGAGAGCAUUACCUGUUUGUUUUUGUUUUUUCUUUUUUUAUACAUGAUGCUAUUCAUUUUGUAAUAAAAACCAACCGCACUCAAGAGUUCUGUCGAGUCUCGUUUUCAUUUCAAAACUAAAUAUGGUUUUAGAGGUUUGUUGCGUCUUGAUACAGUAUGUAUUUCUACCAAAUUAAUUGGAUGAGAGCCCCGUGAAAGGGUCACAAGACACAGAGGAUGUUUGUGAAUCAGUCAGUUAAAGGAAUACUGACAUUAAGAAUCAGGUCUCUCUUGAAAAAUGAGAUCAGUGGGAUAACAUGUACAAAUAAAAGUUUAAUAGGUUUUCUUUGACCUCAUAUGAGCUUUGAGGUGAUUGUGAAAGACUAAUUAAUGUCAAUUCAUGGCAUUAAAUUUAUGAUUUAAUAACAUAGGUCAUCCUUCAAUACUAUUGCACCAUGUUUUUAUUGAAAUAAUCCAAUGUUAGAAGACAUUUAAUGGACUUCAACUCUGUGUCCAUUCAAAAAAAACAAAAACAGAAAACCACAGAAAUCGUUAAAAUCAUUUAGAACACUGCAAUAAGUAACAAGCAUGACUGUGUACAUUUUCAAAUGUCCGCGCUUCCGAUGUAAAACACAACAUUACACCUAUAAAUUAAGGCCGAACGCAGUUUAUUCGGAGUGCCGUCACAGCGUCACUCGUGUCUUUCGCGCAGAUCCGAGAAAAACUGAGCAACGACAAAACAUCAGUAAAAAAUCAAAAAAAAAUCAAACGGAUGACAAUUCAAGACUAGAACACAUUUCUAUCACCUGCUUUGAGCAGGUCACCAAGUAUUGCACAAAAUGUUAAGGUUUAGGAAACAAAACCAAAAAAAUGACGUGAAUACUGAAUCAGAAAACACUGAAGCUCUGAUGGAAACAAUCCUUUUACGGAAUCUAUAUAUUAUAGAUGGGCAUUUUAUUUAGUGUCACGUAGAAUAGCAUGAAAAAGAAAAAAAAGCAUGAGCAGGUACUGUUUUUCAGGAAUCACUUUUCACCAUCAGUGAAUGGUUUCUCUGUUCAAUCUGAAAAACACAGCACCCGUGUGAAAACACAUUCCGCCUAAAUUCAACACCAGAAAGAGGAGGAGUCCAAUCUCAAAAACAUUUUACAGGUGGACAACAGGAGGAAGUGUUUCACUCUGCAGGUAAACACAACUGAGCCUUCAAUCAAAAGACAAAGCCCAGUCAAUAGAAACUGGGUUUGGAUCUGAAAAAGCUUGGAUUUAGCAGUGAUAUCAAACACUAUCCUGCCAAAAGAGACAGAAAUCAGAGCAGAUUCACUGGAAAAAAACAAAAAAAGACAUUUAUCCACUUCACUGCUUUAAAACGUACCUUAAGUAAACUACAACUGUAGUGAUUCGUACUUGUUGCUUUGUGAAAUAUUAUACAGGAUAAUAAUUUUCCUUCAAGUGUCUUUGCACAGUUUAAAUAAUACUCAUCUCGACUCACUG